AUGACAAGAGUGAAGAGAGCCACGGUUCGCGAUCCACCACAAAUGCGGGCAUCUGAAGCGUCGCCAACGCAACCGUCUGACCCACAACUGCCGGUGGCUACUGCCGCUGUGCGUGCUCCUGUUUCUUCAUGCAGACAACCAGCAAGGAGAGAGAAGAGACUCCCUGUUGCAAAGAAGAAGAAGGGUGAGUCUUCGACUACCCUUAUCGAUGAAGACUCACCGUCUCCACCGCCGUCGCCUUCUCUACCACCAUCUUCCAUUCCAGUCGUCGAUGCCAUUCCACCGGAAGUACCCAUCGCCGCACCUCCUCUCCAAAUGGUGCCAUCCGCUGCCAUCAUCCCAUUUUCAGACCCCUGA